AGAAUGUAAAUGAACUUUAUACGAAACCUUAUAUUUAUGGGAUUCUAGAGACAGCCCAAGACGGCGUCCAAUAUCGAGAUCCAGAUCACGUUCGCCUAGUCGUCGAUACAGGGAUGAAGAUGAAAGACGCGAUAGGAGGAAUCGUUAUCAAGGAUCCACUCCGAGAAACAAAAGAUAAGAAU